AGGGUGCCUGGAGCCUUAGCUCGAGGGUCCAGUUCUAGGCACUGAGGAAGGGGCUUGGGGUCGCGGGUUAUGGUGCGGCCGCUGCGUUACCUGGGCGGUGCCUGCGGAUGGGCCCGCGGGCUUUUACUCCAGGGCUUCUCAGCCGGCUGCGGGCUUGCACCCGGGAGACCCUGGCCGCAGUGCCAAAGUGCCCGCAGAAACUGCACCGGUUCCUUUGAUGUAGUUGUUAUCGGUGGUGGAAUUGUGGGACUUGCCUCUGCCAGAACACUCAGCCUGAGACAUCCAACACUUUCCAUUGGUGUUCUGGAAAAGGAGAAAGACUUGGCUCUUCACCAGACUGGACAUAACAGCGGUGUUAUACAUAGUGGGAUUUAUUAUAAACCCGGCUCUCUUAAAGCUAAGUUAUGUGUAGAAGGUGCUGCCCUCAUGUAUGAGUACUGUAAGCAAAAGGGAAUUGCCUACAAGCAGUGUGGCAAGCUUAUAGUUGCUGUUGAACAAGAAGAAAUUCCCAGACUUCAGGCCCUGUAUGAGAGAGGCCUGCAGAAUGGUGUCCAGGGUCUGAGUCUGCUCCAGCAAGAAGACAUAAGAAAGAAGGAGCCAUAUUGUAGAGGCCUAAUGGCUAUUGACUGCCCAUAUACUGGUAUUGUGGACUAUCGUCAGGUGGCUUUGUCAUUUGCCCGGGAUUUUCAAGAAGCAGGUGGUUCUGUCUUGACCAAUUUUGAAGUAAAGGAAAUUGAAAUGACUAAAGAGAAUCCUUCAAGCAGUGAAGAUGGAGUGAAAUACCCAGUUGUUAUAAGGAAUGCAACGGGAGAGAGUAUUCGUUGUCAGUAUGUUGUGACAUGUGCAGGACUUUACUCAGACCGGAUUUCGGAGUUGAGUGGUUGCAAUCCGGAUCCUCAAAUUGUCCCAUUCCGGGGAGAUUACCUGCUCUUGAAGCCAGAAAAAUGCUAUCUUGUGAAAGGAAAUAUUUACCCGGUCCCAGAUAGCCGAUUUCCUUUCCUAGGAGUUCACUUCACUCCAAAGAUGGAUGGCAGUAUUUGGCUAGGACCUAAUGCAGUUCUUGCCUUUAAAAGAGAGGGCUACAAACCCUUUGACUUCAGUGCCAGAGAUGUUAUGGAUGCAGUCAUAAAGAGUGGCUUGAUGAAAUUGGUGUCCCAGCACUUCUCCUAUGGCAUAAAUGAAAUGUAUAAGGCUUGUUUUCUCAGUGCAACAGUGAAGCAACUUCAAAAGUUCAUCCCUGAAAUUGCUCUCAGUGAUAUUGUAAGAGGUCCAGCUGGAGUACGAGCCCAAGCCUUGGAUAAAGAUGGAAAUCUAGUAGAAGAUUUUAUAUUUGAUGGAGGAGUUGGGGAUAUUGGAAAUCGCAUUCUUCAUGUGAGAAAUGCACCUUCUCCUGCUGCUACUUCUUCCCUUGCAAUUUCUGGAAUGAUCGCAGAUGAAGUACAACUGAGAUUUAAAUUGUAAAUAAUGAAAAGAGUUAGGUAUGCAGUCUAAUCUCUAUACUCUGAAAGUAGGACGUAUUCAUUGCAUCUUUUUUUUUAAGUUUACGAUCUUACGCUAUGAAUGUAAACAUUACUUCUUUGUGAGUAGUUGUUGCCUAUUCUUCAGCAUUCUGUGGUUUAGAAACUAAAUGAACUUAGAAAUAGAAGUUUCUCAGAGAAGUUUUCAAAUCUUGACAGUUACAUACAGAACUCAGUAAUUAAGGGGGUGGAGUGAUAGGAUAGUGCUAGGAUGUUUACCUUUCAUGCCUGGUCAACCUAACUUUGAUCCUCUGCAUCCCACGUGGUUCCUUGAGCAUGGCCAGGAGUGAUCUCUGAGCACUGCUAGAUAUGCCCCCCAAACCAAAAACAAGCAAACAAACAAACAAAAGAACUCUGUAAAAACUAUUCACUUCAUAUUUCUGUUCCUUAAUUAUAUCGAGGUUCUUAAACUUUGCCUGAGAUCACUAAUUAUUCAUGUCUUUUUGGUAUUUUAGGAAAUACCAAAUCCUGCAAUUUUUUCUUGGGGUCAUUGGGUAAGAGUUUGAGUCGUACCUGACAGUACUCAGAGGCUGUUACUGAUUGGUGCUCUAGGGAACUGACAAUGUCAGGAUUCAAACCCAGGUCUUUCACAUGGGAAGCAUGCACUCUAACUUUUCAAGCUCUUUCUUAGGCUCCGGGAUCCUUUUUAUGAAAAAAAAAAUUUUUUCAUUUUUGGGAAAUAACCUGAAACAUUCACUUUUGUAAGCCACAGAAGUGCCCUAAAUUCAUACGUGUCUUUUUGGGGGGUGGGGUGGGGGUCAUAUCCAGUGGUGCUCAGGCUAACUCCUGGCUUUGCACUUAGGGAUCACUCCUUGUAGUGCUCAGAGGCCUGGAAUAGAACAAGGAUUGGAAUGCAAGACAAGACCCUUACCCAACUGUGCUGUCUCUGCAGCCCCUUUGUGAAUUUUUUAACUUGAUGUCCAACGUAUGUGUUAUGUAUGCCCAAUGUAUGUGUUAUCUGUUGAACUGAUUCUUGUAAUUCUGAAAUAGAAUUGGAAAAAUGGAAAUAUGAGUGGAAAACAGCAGCCUACUGAUUGUGAAACUUUUAUUAUUGAACCACCAUCUAACCAAGACAUUUUCAUUUAUUUCUUACAUGUACUCUUUGAGGAUUAAUCUUCUAUUUGAGGGUUUUUAUUUUUGUUUGUUUUUUUAGGGAUGAGUUGAAAUGUGCAUUUGGCUGAUAGAAAAAACUUUUCUGUUUUUUUCCUUUUCAUUCUAAGUCUCGAUGAUCACAUUGAUUGAGCUACCUCAUCCAUUAACCUAAAGGCCACUCUUUCCCAAUUCAUAUUAAAAAGAAGCACUGGCAGGUAAAUUUGUUAGGUGAUUAUUUGAUUGGAUGAACAUCUUGCAAAUGUUCAGAAACUGCACAAACUUGAAGAACCAGGCCCUUGUGAUUCUUCAUAACAACUGAUUACUCCAGGAAAUAUGACACACAAGGCUUUUUUUAUUCCAUUACAAGACUGUCAAGAAAAAUAUUACAAUUCUCAAAUUUAUCAGCAGUAAGAUUGCAUGUACACUAAGAUGUGAAAGACAGAAAUUAUAAAAAUAUCUGGCCUUAUUAAAGCAGUCCUCAUUCUCUCUGUGUCUGUGCCUGUCCCCUUCCCCCCGCCAAUGUGUAAGUGACAAAAAUUAUUUAAAAUGUUUUGAAUGUGUAGUUACUCUCUUUGUAAAACAUUUUAGAUUUGCCAGUAGGUUUUUCUUAUUCUGUGUAUUUCUGAAAGAGAAGGAAAUUUUAUUAGUAAAAUUAUUUUAAUGAA